AUGCCGACGUGGGCUCUGUAUACGGCGCUUCGCCUCCUCGUGCUAUCCAACCUAUUCCAGUUCGGGUUAUCAGCAUCUCGCCAAAACGAGUCUUCGCUCGCGAGCGUCGUGGUGGCGAAUGAGAUCGUUGCAGGGAGAGUGGACGAAAUGGAAUCCGAGUUGGAGGAGGCGUUGGCGGGAAGGACGCAAGGGGAUGUAGCAGCAGGAAAUCUUUCGAGCAUCGCGCCACUAGACAAUCAGCCGACGAGUCUAACGGGCGGCGACAAGCACCGCUCCCCACCGCUUUCUGUUUCCGUGGCCCGGCAGUCUCUCUCAUCCGCCUCCCCUGCAGCAGCCAAUGCCUCGCUCGACUCGUUACCGGCACAAGCACCGCCGUCCCUUUCGGCUCCAGACACAGCAGCACAAGGGGAAAGCCCGGGUUACCAGGCCCCGCCCUCUGUACCUGCUCCUACAAUCAACAGCACGUCAGGAACUGGGAGGUUAGAUGAUCCUGAGUGGGGAAGGGUGAACUGGGGGAGGGCCAUUACCCUGAAGGAGAGGGAGGCGGAGGAGCGAGCUAAAGUGGCUGCAAAGCGGUGCUAUGGGAUGCAGAGGGCAUACCGCAUGGGGUUUGAGAGGGGCGGCAUGGCAUGGGAGCCACAGGCGGAUCGCUACGUGCUCAUGGACUGCCAUCGCAACCAGCUGAGCAACCGCAUUCGGUGCAUCAAGAACCACCUGGUGGUGGCGGGCGUGUUCAACCGCACGCUCGUGGUGCCCCUGCGAGCACACGAGGUCGCCCGCCACUACGACCGCCGCACCUUCUUCCAUCUCCCGCAUACCCGGCUGUGCUACGGGCCACAGUCAUCUAUUGAGUGCCCUAAUGCUCUGGCUGUAGCGCCACACCCCGCUAUCCUCGAAGCUGCUAGGGAGUUUGUUUGCAGUGUGGUGCUGCCGGGUUCCAGGAGGGAAUGGGAGGCUGCUGAUGCUGAUGUGGUGACGGAAGGAGGUAAAGCCACUGACCAGCCGCAGCAGCAGCAAAAGGAGGGGGACGGAAAUGGGGGGGGGAAGGGGCUGGAGGGAGGGCGUGCAGUUGGUCGGUACAUGGGGGUGCAUUGGAGGCGAACGGACCUGAUGCAGCACAGCAACCCCAAUGCACGGCUCUCUGUGGAGCAUGCGGGUGCAUGCCUGGUGAAGGCCAUGGGCAUGGCUGGAAACAUCUCCACCAUGUUCCUUGCCUCUGAUACUGACGACCGCGAGGUGGAGGCGCUCGAGAAAUUUAUGAAGGAAAGGAUACUGGGCUUUAAGCUGGUGGAAGGGAAAGCGAGGGGGGAAGACGAGAGGGAGCGGAAAUAUGGGGACGAGGUCGUGAGGAAUCUGUUUCAGGGAGAAGAGGGUUUAGGGGGGACAGCGCAGGAUGGGGAGCUGCGCGCGGGGAGAGGAGGGGCGAAUGGAGGCGGAACGGGGGAGGGGAGCGACGAGGGGAGCCGGAGGAAGGACGCUGGGGUGAAGGACACGGGUGUAUGGGUGGGGGAGGUGGGGGAGGGGGAGCAGCAGGGUAAGGAAGAGGAGCAGGAGGUGAUUCGAGAGGAGAUCUCACCGCACAGAGCAGCUGCUGUCGUGCGUCUGCUGAGAGUGGAGCAAGGGGGAGCCUAUGCCGACAUUCUCUCAGGGGCAGCAGCAGUGGAGGGGCAUUAUUCAUAUCUUCUCCUGCUGUCCCUCCUUCCCCCGAUCACUGCACUGCCAUCCCCAGCCGCUGUUGUCCGUCUGCUAAGAGUGGAGCAAGGGGGAGCCUAUGCCGACAUUCUCUCAGGGGCAGCAGCAGGGGAGGGGGCGGGCGGGUGGGAGCUGGAGAUGCAGUAUGUGCGGCGCACGCUGGGCUUCGGGCUUUUGCCUCUGGAGGGGCGGGGAAGGCGCCAUGUGACUGAGCUCGUGGCAGGUGUCACCCGGUGGAGGCGUUAUCUGGACUUUCUGCUCUCGGAGUUUUUUUCGGGCAGCCUGAAUGAGCUGGAGAGGAUGGAGCCACUGCUGAAGCAGAUUCUCCGAUUGGGGAUGUUUGAGCUCGCUAAGAUGGACACACCACCACAUGCUGCAGUCAACGAGGCGGUCAAGCUCGCUCGGGCAGCCUUAAGGCCCGGAGCCGCCUCAUUGGCCAAUGCUAUUUUGCGGGCAGCUGUUCGCGCACAGGAGCAAGGCCCACUGCCGGCCCCGUCGCUGCACGAUGCAAUGACGGACCGGGACAAGGCGCGGGCCCUCGCCACGCUGCACUCUCACCCCGUGUGGAUGGUGCGGCGGUGGGCCGACAGGCUGGGGUGGCGAGAGGCGGAGCGGCUGAUGGAGAGCAACAACGCCCGCCCCGUCUUCUCCCUCAGGGCCAACACUGCCAAAGGGGUAUCGCGUUCUGAUCUGCACUCCUUGCUGCUGGCGCUCCCCGAGGUGGAGGUGGAAGAUUCACCGUACCUGGACGAUUUCAUUCGCGUAAAAGCGGGCAUGCAGCAUGUGCUCACAGCGGGGCUCAUAGAGGAUGGGUCGUGCAACGUGCAGGAUGAGAGUGCAGGGCUGGUGGUGAAGGUGCUGGCGCCCCAGCCAGGGGAGACCGUGGUGGACUGCUGUGCUGCGCCCGGGGGCAAGGCCAUGUAUGCCGCUGGGCUCAUGCAAGGCUCAGGGCGGCUGGUGGCAGUGGAUGUGAACGAGGGGCGAGUGAGGAUGGUGGCGCAGGCAGCACAGCGCCAGGGGCUGCAAAGCAUGGCGUCAUCUCCCCUGCGUGAGACAGCAGACCGAGUGCUGCUGGAUGCACCCUGCUCCGGCCUUGGGGUGCUGGCCAAGAGGGCGGAUCUGAGGUGGAGGAGGACAGUGGAGGGGGAGGCGCAGCUCACAGCACUACAGGACGACCUGCUGGACGCUGCUGCCAGUCUGGUGCGGCCGGGGGGAUUGCUGGUGUACUCCACGUGUUCCAUAGAGCCAUCGGAGAAUGAGGAUAGGAUCACCACCUUCCUUCAAACACACCAUGAGUUUCGCGGCGGGGGAGGCGGAACGGGGGGGGACCCGCGGCAAGCGUCUCGACCUCCGCCGCGCUACGAUCCGCGCAUGGGUCGGCAUUGUUCCCCUCUCGGCGGUUCCGCGCUGUCCCCCGCUCCGCGACCCCCAUCCCCGCUUCUCGAGGCAUCGCUCCCCGUCUCAGCGGUCCAAUCAGACCCUAGCGCCUUCGGCGGCGAAAAUGGAGUAUCCGGGGGACCAAUGAACAGCUCCAUUAGACAACUGCGGUCGAACCGCCAUCUCCGUACACAAUCCGUCGACGUAUCGUCCGUCGAUUUCGCCUUCCACGUCCCCGAUCAAGGGGGGCUGGAGGCGCAGGGGGCACCGGGCGCAGCGGAAGGAGUCGGCGCAAGGGGAAGUGUGGUGGAAAGGGCUGCAGGCCCGCCACCAAAGUCCCCCUCGGGGUUCAGAUUAGGGUUCGGGCUGGGAAUCCGACCCAGCAGUAGUCACGGCGGCCGCCCCAACACCAGCCAUGGGCGCCUGGGAGGCGGAGCAACGUCGGCGAGACCGGGAAGCGGCGGAAGCAGACCGGGAAGCGGGGGGAGCAGACUGGGGAGCGCGGCCGAGGGGAACGGCGGUCCGGAGCAGAGUCAGGGGCGCGGCGGGCGAGCGCACGGGCGGCGGGCGUCGGUAGACUUCGGGUCGAUGGGCGCAGGAAUCCCCGCGUCCUCCAGCGAGCCGCUAUCCCCGUUCGAAGCAGCCAAAGCGUCGCUCUUUGCGAGUCAGCAGCGCCAGCGGGCUGGGAUGGGGGGAGGGAUGGCGGAAGGGUUGGGGGGAGGGGCGGGCGGAGGGGUACCGAGGGGCAGCAGCGUCGACGGCUCUGGGCGCGCGGUUGAGUCCCCCCGGACAGCGGCUAGGCGCGGGCUGCAGUACGGGUUUGGUUCGGAUAACCGCGGAAUGGAGGUUCGGGCUGAGGCUCGGAGCCCUAUAAUGCUCGGAGCACGCGCUCGGCACAGGCUCUCCGCAGGUUCGGACUCUGUUGAUUCAGGUGGGAGCGACUCUCCUGGGUUUUCACCUGAGAGUUCGGUGUCUCCGCAUGGAGGGAUGCUGCCGGGGAGCAGGAGCACGGGGAGCGCGCCGAUGGGGGGAUUCGCGGGGGGGAUGGGGGGUGCGCUGUCGAGCUGGGGCUCUCGGCGCGCGGGGAUCAACCCGCCGCGGCUGCAGGUGGAGGUUCACGCGGAAGAGGAGGAGGGGGAGGGGGAGGGGGAGGGGGAGGGGGAGGAGCGUAAUGUGUUAGUGAUUGAGGAGGGGGAGAACGAGGAGGAGGAGGGGUAUUCGAAGGACGCACUGUCCCCGCUACCAGGAGCAGAGGGAGAACGACAAAAUCGCCCGCCCACAGCGGGAAAGAGCAAGUCGCCUCUCAAGUCCCGGAUAGCCGCAGUGGCGCGGACCUUAAAGCACGGGUUGCACAGCCCCGCCGCUGGCGCCAUGGGGGGAAUCGGAAACAGGUUCCGCGGGGUUGACCCCGUGUUUGACGCCAUGUCUCCCCGCCUGCUCACCCCCAAGGGUUUCAGCACUGGGUUUGGCGCCGCUGCUGGCCCCGGGCCUGCUGGCUCGGGACUGUUAGGCUCGGCAGCGCCAGGCUCGGGCGCUGCUGCAGUGGCUGGGCGGCAGCUGGCCGGCCAGCACCGCCGGCACCACUCGUUCGCGGACCAGUCCUGGGCGGGAGGGAUAGGGGGAGCAAUAGAGUCCCCCAGGCGGAUGGGGAGCGGAGGGGGCGGGUCCAUUCUUCCGCCGCGCAGCCCCCUAACCAUGGGGGGAGGGGGCAGCGGCGCGCGGGGGGGAGGCGGGGGAGCGGUGAUGCGGGGCAGCGCGCGGGAGCGGCCGUCCCCCGGGAUGGACGAGGACGACGACGUGUGGGGCGCUGCUUCUGCCAUGGCAGGCGGAGCAGGGGAGGCGGGGGGAGCAGGGGGAGCAGGGGGCGGAGCGGGGAAGGCAGGCGGGGCGGGAGGGGCAGGGGUGCGUGCGGGUGGGGGAGCGUAUGAGCUGCGCAAGGCGGGGAGCAGCAGCCGGUUGGAGCAGGCGCUCCUGCCAGACCACCGCGUGCAGGGCUCCCUGGCCUUCAACCGCCUGCACUCCGCGCGCGACCCCCACGCCAGCCCCCCCGCGCCCGCCUCCCCCCUCACCCCCUCCGGCAGGGCGCUCGGCGGGGGGUAUCAGGGGUCUGGGCGGGGAGGUGGUGGGAGAGGCGCGGAGAGGGGUGGGGCGGGUGCGGGGAUGGGCGCGGGGCGGGGGGGCAUGGGACCACCGCCUCUGGCCCCAGCGGAGCAGGGGCGGGAGGAGGAGGGAUGGGAGGCGGAGCAGCAGGGCAAUCAGGUGGAAUCUCAGGUGAAAGCACAGGGCUGGAUAAUCAGGCACAGAGGCACGCAGGGCAGAGGGGGGGAAGGGGUGCGGAGGGACAGGCAGCGCGGGGGGGGGUCGGGGGGGAAGGUUCCAGGCGGGGCGGAGGGGAUGCGGGACGGGGGGAGGUGGGGGAGUGGGGGAGGGGAUGCGGGUGGAGAGGCGGCAACACAGUGGAUCCCCCAUGCAGAGCAGUUUCUCAAGAGCCUGAGUCAGUACAUCAGCCGGGGGCUUACAGGGGAGCUGGGGACGUAUGGAGGCGAUGGGGAGGGCGAGAAGGGGGAUGCUGAGGCCGACAUGUGGCAGGUGAUGAGCUCUGGCAGCAUGCGGUGGCGAGACUUCAUCCUGCGCAUGCCGUACGAUGAUGUGAAGAAGUUCUAUUCGGUCAGCGCCACCAAGAUCGGCAGCGGGCGGUACGGCGUCAUUCGGACUUGUCUCAGCCGCAAGACUCGUGUGGUGCUGGCGUGCAAGACGAUAAGGAAGGACCAAGUCAAGUGCAUGGAGGUCGCGGAGGGCGUGCGCAUGGAGGUGAUCAUACUGGCCAUGCUGCGCAACGCACCUCACCUCGCACGACCCCUUUCCACCCAUUCCUGCCUCUUUUUUUUCCCUUGCGGUCCCCCUCCCCACUCAGUGCAUGGAGGACGCGGAGGAUGUGCGCACAGAGGUGAUCAUCCUGGGCAUGCUGGCAACCAUCCCAUAUUGCAACCACCACCCCUUUCCACCCCUUCCAACGCCUUCCCACCCCACCGUAACCCCCCACAGUGCAUGGAGGACGCAGAGGACGUGCGCACAGAGGUGAUCAUACUGGGCAUGCUGCGCAACCACCCGGGGAUCAUCAGCCUGCACGACGCCUUCGAAGAUGCAAAGGUACCCAUGGCACCAGAUUCCCACUCUCACAUUGCCGCUCAUGCCAUGCUGCGCAACCACCCGGGGCCUGGGAUCAUCAGCCUGCACGACACGUUUGAGGAUGCUAAGGUAACCACGCUGUUGUGUGCCGCUCUCUCGUCGACUUUUCAGACGUCUCUCAAAAGCCACCCGGGCAUCAUCAGCCUGCACGGCGCCUUCGUUCGAGGAUGCAAAAGUAACCAUGCUAUUGUAUGUGUCGGGGAGGGAGACCUAUUCGACCGGGUGAAGCUGCGGGGGCAGUUCAAAGAGACAGACGCAGCCAUUGUGUGCCGGUCGCUGGUGGAGGCGCUGCUGCACUGCCACUCCAACGGGGUGAUUCACCGCGAUGUGAAGCCGGAGAACGUGCUCAUGUGUGACAAGGACGUGGACACCAAGAUCAAACUCAUCGACUUUGGAGUUGCCACCUUCUACAAGCGAGGCGUCCCCUGCACGGAACGAGCAGGCACGGUGGAGUACACUGCUCCAGAGGUGCUGGAUAAGAGCUACGGGCCAGAGUGCGAUAUCUGGAGUGCGGGAGUUGUCCUUUAUAUCCUCCUCUGCGGCUUCCCACCCUUCUGGGCGGCGACCAACGCUGAGCUGGAGCAGAGCGUGCGGGCGGCGGCGGUCGACUUCCGCCACCCGCGCUGGGCGGCGGUGUCGGACGGCGCCAAGGACCUCGUGAAGAGGAUGCUGAUGAAGGACGUGAGGCGGAGGAUCUCCGCACUUGAGAUAUUCGGGCAUCCCUGGAUUAGAGCUGCUGAGAAGCAGCACAGACUAGACAGCAAGCCGCAACCUCCAAAUGGUGACUCGUCCUCUUAA